GGAGGACAAGAGGGAGGCAACAGAGAGGAAAGGAAAGGAACAGGGAGGGAUAGAGGAAAAGAACCGAAGGGAAGAACCUCUUGUUCUCUUCUACGUGUAAGCGUGACAGUUCUCGUGGAAGGGUCUCCAGGAGUCAGGCCUUGUGGGAAAGCAAACAAUGGUGAACAUCUCGCCUCGCCAUCACUGACUGCUAGAAGAGAGGCGCUGGAUCUUCAAGCACAGGAUGACUGAGAGCUGCACUGCGCCAAAGUGGGAGCAGAUCUGACAAUGGAGUAUUUUUAAAAGCCUGGGAAAAAGCAGAGGGAGGAUUUUAGAGUUGGAAAACCAAGGGCGGCAACAUUGUGGGUUGUGAGUCUAGCUUUGGAAUAAAAGGAAGGCAGAUGUGACUACAGACUGAGCCCAUGGCAUCCCCGGAGUCCCUUGCCCCACAGCCUACAGAGUCCAUGCCCACUGGUGUGGCACAGGCCCUCCAGCAAGAGGAAGAGGAGGAGGAUGAAGACGAGGAGCAGGGAGAGCAGUUUCAGUUUGAUGAUAGUGAAGAUGAGAACAAUGCUGAUCAAAAGCCUGGGGAAAUUAAGGACUUUGUAACUUCAGCUGCUGAGACUGGACUUAAGGAAGUUGCUUCAGGCAACAGCACAAACUCUAAUGCACUUUACAGUCAAGCAGUGAAGCAUGUCCCAGUCACUCAUCAUGAGGAACUAAAUGGAGUGACCUCUGCUGGUCAGGAGGGUCAAACUGUUCCUCAUCAGCCACACAUAACAAGCCCAGAUAUGGUAGUCAGACAGUCUCCAGAUGGACGUUCUGUAUCUUUUGAGCCAAGAGUCACAGAAGAGCCCGAAGGCACAUGGAAGAAAACCACAUAUACACAUGAAGGAAAGUUUGCUUCAGAAACAGAGGGAGGAUUGCCUUCUUCCUCAGAGGUAUACUCAGAUCCUCCUCCUGACUCAGAAGUGAUUUAUGAUGAUGUCCCAUGUGAGAACAUCCCCUCUCCUGAUGCAGGUGACGAUAUGAUCUAUGAGGAUGUGCAGAACCCUGAUGAGUUGCCAGAGGGGAUGGAUAAUGGCUGGAGCUCCACUGAGUUUGAGAGUUAUGACGAACAGUCGGACACCGAGACCAAGCCACGGACACGCAGCAAGAUUUCUCCCGAUGUACGGCGCAUAAAGGAGCAUUGUGCCCGGACCAAACGUGAACUGGCCAUGCGCUUAGGCGCUCGAGACGUCAGCCAGAUCAAACAGGCCUAUGACACCAAGGUUCAACAGCUCAUGAAAGCCGCCCGGAAUGGCACUAAAGAUGGACUGGAAAAGACUAAAAUAGCCAUGAUGCGCAAAGUGUCCUUCCUGAAUAAAAAAGAAAACACAGAUGACGCAGAAGAUCACUCUGGUUACCUUGAUGUGUCCGUUUCUGACGUGAAACACCCACCACCUCAACUUUCUCCCAUGCCAGAGGGACUCACUAACCAACAGAUUGUAAGACGUCACAUUCUUGGCUCUAUAAUCCAGAGUGAGAUAAGCUACUUGGAUUCCCUCAGACGGAUUCUGCAAGAUUACCAAAAGCCUUUACUGGAGGCAGAGCCACGUAUCCUGAGUACUAGAAAGAUCCAGCCCAUUUUCUACCGGGUGAAAGAGAUCCUGCAGUGCCAUACCAUGUUCCAGAUUGCCCUGGCCUCCCGUGUGGCUGAAUGGGACCAAACAGAGACCAUUGGGGAUCUGUUUGUAGCCUCCUUUUCAAAAUCAAUGGUUCUGGAUGUAUACAGUGAUUAUGUCAACAACUUCACAAAUGCAAUGGCUCUCAUCAAGAAAGCCUGCAUGUCCAAGCCUGCAUUUCUGGAAUUUCUUAAAAAAAGGCAGGCUGUCAGCACAGACAGGAUCACCCUUUAUGGCCUGAUGGUGAAGCCAAUCCAACGUUUCCCUCAGUUUAUACUCCUCUUACAGGACAUGCUGAAGAACACUCCAUCUGGGCACCAGGAUAGGCUGCCGCUGCAGCUGGCUCUGACUGAGCUGGAGACCUUAGCCGAGAAGCUGAAUGAGCAGAAGCGUCUAGCAGAGCAGCUCUCUGAGAUCCAGCAACUAACGCGCAGCAACAGUGAUCGCGCCCUAAGCAAGCAGCUGAAUUCAGAUCAGAAGCAGCUGAUUCUGUGUGAAACCCUGAUCGAGACAGUGUAUGGGGACAAGGGGCAGGUUCUCAAGUCCAAGGAGCGCAAGCUCUUCCUCCUCAGUGACAUACUCAUCUGUGCAAAUAUCAAUCUCAAGGGGCUUCCGGAUAUCAGCAGCCUGGUUCCUGCUGGCCCAAAGUAUAUGGUGAAGUGGACAGCACCUCUGCAGCAGGUUCAGGUGGUGGAGGUGGGUCAGGAGAACUCGGAGAACAACGACAGCGUCUACCAGCCAAGUGGGACCAAACGCCUCAGCUCUGCCAACUCUCAAGGCAAGCUGUUUCUGGGGCCACCCAAACUGUACCAGGAACUGCAGGAGCUCCAGCAUGACCUGUCAGUGGUGGAGGAGGUCACACUCCUAGUGGGUACACUGCAGGGAUCCUAUCAGAAUCUUAACACAACAGUGGGGCAGGACUGGUGCCUGGCUCUGCAAAGGCUCAUCCGCAUCAAAGAGGGUGAGAUCCAGUGUGCCAACAAGUGUCGUUUGCGGUUAAUGGUGCCUGGCAAGCCUGACAAGUCUGGGCGUCCAGUCAGUUUUACAGUGGUUUUCAAUACUCCCAGCCCAAUCAGUAAAAUCUCAUGGGUCAAUCGCUUGCAUCUUGCUAAAGUUGCUCAAAGGGAAGAGAACUUGCCUGGUUGGGUAUGUGCACAGGAUGAUGAGAAAACUAAGCCUCCAUUCUGGUGUCCGCUCCUGGCUUGCCGUGUACCUCUGUUCUCUCCAAAAACUCAAGAUCUGAAGCUCCAGAUGGCCCUUCACAAUCCAGUUCAGUGUGCUCUGCUGGGUUUCUCUGCAGCCAGUACCUCUCUGCCUCAGGGCUAUCUCUGGGUGGCCAGUGGUGGAGAUGAAUCAUAUGGACAGGUGGAGAUCUUCUCCUUGAACAGAGCCACUCCACGCUCAGUGAAGAGCUUCCUUCUGGCCUCCCCUGCACUGAGUAUCGAAUAUGUAACAGAGGCCAGCACUAAAGAAAAUGAAGGACAAGCAUCUGAAGGAGCUGGCAGAAUUGGGCACACCAUCUGUGUGGGGUUACAAGAUGGCAAUAUCCUAGUUUAUGGCAGUGUGGAUACUGCUGCCCAGUGCCUCUUGACCUUCCAAAACCCUGAAGGUUGUCCUGUUCUCUGCCUAACACACACAGACAACUUCCUCUUCGCUGGACUGACAAAUGGCAAAGUUACAGUUUAUGGCAAAAAGAUUGCGGAAGGUCUGUGGGAUCCAGGCUCCAGCAGACUGCUUGUGAUCGGGUUUGCACCUGUGCUCAAACUCCUCAAUAUAGAUGAGUGUGUGUGGGCUAGUUGUGCAAACAAAGUGACUGUGAUUGACAGCUAUAAUCUCACCACCCAGAGCUUUGAUGCUCACCCAAACCCCAUGGUGAGCGUGACGCAUAUGGUGCGAGCUGGUGGAGGAGUAUGGAUGGCGUUUUCAGAGGGCUCGUCACUUCGGCUCUUCCACACUGAAACUCUGGAGCAUCUGCAGGAGAUCAACAUCUCAACACGCUCUGCAUAUCUGAGUCCAGGUAAGAGUGUGUGUGUCACCAGCCUGCUCAUCUGCCAGGGUCUCCUGUGGGUGGGCACGGCCCAGGGCAUCAUUAUCACACUGCCAGUGCCUAAGCUGGAGGGCAUCCCGAAAAUAACAGGCAAAGCGAUGACCUCCCUCAAUGCUCACAGCGGUCCUGUGGACAUCCUGGUGGCCACGUCCAAUACUUUAUCCCCGGAUCUGUUGAAGCGAAACUCUCUGACUGAUGGGGCUGAUUCAGGGAGUGGAGGAGAGGACUUGAGCCACUCGUCUCAGGAAUCACUACAACAGCAGCAGAUAGAAGGCUUGUCUCAGAAGGAAGCCAAACCUAAAGGGGUGCUGCUUCAGUACCACCUUCGCUCCACCUCCCAGCUCCCUGGCAAGCUUCUGACCGCUCAGCCUGAAGAGGUAUCCAAUUCCUCCCAGGAGUCUCUGGAACACACUACAGAGGACGGUUCGAUCUAUGAGCUGAGCGAUGACCCUGAGGUUUGGGUCAGGGGACCAGGACCAUCUACAAAGGAUGGAACACGGAGAGAAAGGGUCAUGUCAUUCGCCGUUAUAUCAGGAGGAAGAGGAUUCCGCAGACUCAAUGCGGCUGGCUCCUCCUCUUCUACUUCCUCUGGAGCCAAUGAGACAGCACUUAUGGUCUGGCAGCUCCCACUGACGGUCUGAAACGAUGACUAAAAGGCGCUCAAAUAUCCUCAGCAAAUCGAAGUGAGGCAAAUAGACCAACCAGUUUUAUUAGGACAAUACUCCACUUCAUUAUCUAGCUUCAACAUCUACAUCAUUAUAACACACAUCUUAAAUGUAUAGAAUUUUCAAACACAUUGAAAAAGAAACACCCAGUGUAUGCCCAAGGUGCAUGUUGUCCUUCCUGAUGGAAACCAGAAGUCGUUGUGAAUUUAUUUAAAAGGGUUGUGACGCAUCUAAUCUUUAUGCCUAACGAAAAAUGUGUAUUUUCUGAAUGUAGCACUGCAAUAGAUGUAUCCAGAAGCUGUACAGAGAAAGAAGUAAAUGUCAACAUCUUGGAGUCAUUCUAUUUCAAUUAUUAGCCCCCCCCCAACACACACACACACACACACACACUUGUCCAGAAUGUGAAUGAGAGCAAAGAAUUUUCCACUUGGCUUAGGUACUUAAUAUCGUUGGUACUUAUUUCACACUGUGUCACUUUGUUUAAAAAAAAAAAGAAUGGAAAAAGAAAUAAAUAAAUGUGUUUAUGAUAAUUUAUAAA